AUGGUCGUCGGCAACAAUAACCUCUCUACGAUCGAGAAAUUCCAUUAUCUCUUGACUUCUCUUGCUGGCGAGCCAAAGCAGUUGAUCUCAACUCUGCCGGUAGCUCAAGACUCAUUCAUUCCAGCCUGGGAUAUGCUUAUCGCGAGGUAUGACAAUGAACGUCUCAUUUCUACCCAGCAGGAAAGAUUGUUCUCCACUCCGAGGAUCGUCAACCGUACGGCCAAGGAGUUUAAUGCUCUCUUCAACUCCACCACCGAAGCUUUCAACGCCCCGAAGUCGUUGGGACGCCCUGUCGAGCACUGGGACGACGUCUUGGUGCAUAUGAUCUCAAGCCGGUUGGAUGUUAAGACGUCGGAGCUGUGGGAAGUUAAGAACGGAUCCACCACCACCUUUCCAACGUACGCGGAACUCAGGGAGUUCAUGUUGAGCAGAGCAAGACCUAGGGAGAGAAUUGAGCUGAAUCCUCUGCAUGCUCCCAAGACGCCAACUUCGAGUGUGUCCUCUCAACCACCCAGAGCAAAGCCAGCAAAGGUGCUGAAUGUCUCAACUGGCAGUGCAGGUCCACAGGCUCGCGGGUCGAGUUCGCAGUCAUGGGCAGACAUGACCGCCAAUGCCUGCUCCAUGUGUGAAGAUGAGCAUUUCAUUGAUAAGUGCCCCAAAUUCAAGCAGUUGUCGCCAGAAAAGAGGAAGGAGUGCGUCGACAAGAAGUACCUCUGCUUCAACUGCUUGGGGAAGCACUCUAUUCGUGCCUGUGGGACCACGAAGACGUGCGUUGUGUGUCACAAGCGUCACCACUCGAUGAUCCACAUCACACGUCCUCAGAAUGGUCCUCUGCAGACAUCUCAACCAGACCAGUUGAAGUCUCAAGAUAGUCGUGCGGUAAAGCUAGGGUUGUUGAAGUCUCCAGCUUUGCUACCUGUCGUUGUUAUUGGUGGAUUAAGGUCAUUCUCAAAGAAAUUCUCUCAGUCCUGUCUGAAGUCUCUGCACUCAGACAAACAUCUUCAGAUUAAGACCUACAUUCUUGACCAUCUCACAUCAUCGUUGCCGUCAUUCUCAGUCUCGGAUACUCAAGCUUGGGACCAUCGCGAGGGCCUGAAGUUAGCUGAUCCGGAUUACAUGGAGCCAAGUCCUAUUGACCUUCUCAUUGGCGCGGAUUUCUUCGGAUCAAUUGUGGAGCCGCAGAUCAUCAAGAGACCUUCAGACUCCCCUAUAGCAAUGCACACUAUCUUCGGUUGGGUGGUACUAGGACCUAUUUCAGCAGUGAUUCCAAUUGUGGCCAGCUCUAAUCACAUUGCAGUCAGCAACGAGGAACUCUACGACCUUCUCACGUCGUUCUGGCUGCAGGAGGAGGUCCCAAAAGCCGAAGAUAGUGAUCUCACGAAAGAAGAGGCAGAAUGUGAGGAGUUUUUCCAGUGCACCCAUUCACGAAACAGUUCAGGGCGCUAUGUGAUUCGCCUGCCUCUUGCACGUUCUCCGACAGAGCUUGGCGACUCUUAUGGUCGGGCUAAAGCGUGUCUCUCCAGCCUGUUCCGGAAAAUGGAGAGGGAUCAACAGACACUUCAGCUAUAUAGUGUUUUUCUCAAGGAGUACGAAGAUCUGGGACACAUGGUGCGUGUUCCAGCCUUAACUGGUUCGGGGAAUGCCGGGAGCUUGAAGUUCGGCUGUCGAUCCGAGGGGAUGACCUUGGCACAUGGGGCUUCAGCUUCAGGAGGGUUGAGGGUCCCUGAGGAGAAGCAGUCAGCUCGUGUCUCCACUCGGUGUUCUGCUCAGAGGCAAGCUCAUUCGUCAACUCCUAUGUACUACUUUCCUCAUCAUGGUGUUCUCAGGGAAAGUAGUGAAACAACGAAGCUGAGGGUAGUCUUCAACGGUUCUAGUAAGACCAGCUUAGGGGUGUCUCUCAAUGACAUUNUUCCUCAUCAUGGUGUUCUCAGGGAAAGUAGUGAAACAACGAAGCUGAGGGUAGUCUUCAACGGCUCUAGUAAGACCAGCUCAGGGGUGUCUCUCAAUGACAUCCAACACACUGGAGCCAAACUGCAGAAGAAUAUCUCUGACGUGCUGCUCUCAUCCAGGCGGAGCAAGUACAUUUUCAUGACGGACAUCACGAAGAUGUUCCGUCAAAUCAAGGUGCAUCGUGAGGACUGGCCUCUUCAACAGGUUCUGUGGCAAGAUUCUCAAGGUCAGAUCAACACCUACCAGCUCACCACCGCGACCUACAGGACUAAAUCGGCCCCAUUCUUAGCCUGCAGAGUUCUCAACCAACUGGUCGCAGACGAAGGACAUCGUUUUUCUCUAGCAAUCUCUCCGUUGACCAGUGGAAGAUACGUGGAUGACAUCUGUGGUGGUGCUGAAGAGGAGAGUGAUUUUCUGGAAGUCUCCAAGCCAGUGAGGGAUCUUUGCUUAGCUGAUGGUUUCCCUCUAGCAAAGUGGCAUAGCAAUAGUCCGUCUCUACUCAGAUCUCUGAAUCCAGAAGGUGUCUCUCAGGAUCAUAAGCUGCAGAGGAUGCCAUCACGAAGAUUCUUGGUCUGA